UUAGUGUACGAUUAACGAAUUUUCCUUCUUUAUGCACACGGAUCGUCCGAGUGAAGAACAUUAACAAGAGAGAGAUAAAAAGAUGCGAUAUGUAUAUAUGAAUAAAAUAUACAUCUCUUUUGGGAAAUACGAUACGCAAAUGCUGAAAAUGAAAUAUGCACGCAAAUUUUGCUUUCCGGCAAGAGAGUUUUGAUAAAAAUUGCAUUUGCAUGGAAAUAACGUCGAAGCGUCCGCGAAGCGCAAACGCUUCUCGCUAUGCCAUUUUCAUGAAUGAAAUCGCUCCUGUUUCAUAUCAACAGGCAUCCUUUACUACGCAGCGGGAACAUCGAUCCGUUCCUUCGGGACCAUCCCUCUUCCACGAACUCAUUACAUUUCACGUUGGUUACAGGGUCGUAUACAGCGAGAGCCCAACGCCGAUUAUUAAAACGCUCAAUUGCGCUUCUAAUUCGCAAAUGUAUCAACUAAUUUCACCCUCGGGAUUAUACCUAUAGAUCGUUCCGUUCGGUCGAGUUCCAUCGAGUGUCAUGAAAUAACAUACACGUGUUGUCCGGCUUAUGACACAUGCCGUCGACAUCACAACAAACGCUCUUUAAUCUGCUGGUAGAUAAUGCGAGUAAAUAGAUCUCGAAGGGACACGAGACGCGGGUCGUAUGACGUCACUGAAUUCUCACCCCGUCAAGAGGGGUGAAGAGAACGCGACCGUCCGCCCCACUACCAUCCCUCUCUCUUUGACUGGCCGUGUCACGGGGAUUCGCCACUCAGCUAGCUCAAAGACUGACGUCAAUGGGAGCCCGGCCUACAAGGGGACGCCGAUACUCGAUCAAGACUUACGCGAUUUUACGAAACUCGCGAUUAUAUUUGGCCAGCCAGCCUGGUCGAAGUUCAACGAAGGCGAAAAACUUAUCGAGGGAGGGAAAGGAUCGGAAUAAAUAUGUGUCUCUGUUUUUCCACUGACUGACAUGAAACGUUCGGCGCGAACUCCUGUAAUUUGCCGGAAGUGCCGGCUACACUUGUCCACCUCGUAUUAUGUAUCCGCGCAAUGCCAAUUGGCGCAAGCGUGUUGCAGCGGCUUGUGAUAACGACGAUGCUAACGAAAAUUCCUAUGGUCACGUACCGAUUCUUUGCAAAAAUAAUAAGCAGUUUCGUCAAAAUCGUUCAGAAAGGAUAUUUUGCAUAUAUUGAGUCCAAGAUGUCGAUCUGAUGGUGCGGAAAGAAAAUAUGCCCCCUGUCGCCAUUCUCAGUAUCUAUCGAGGAAGAUGGGAGGAAAGAGAAAUCGUGCGCGUGGGCGCGUAACGUCCUCGCGUGGGCGUGCGGCCUGUUGCGGGGGCUGAAGAUAGGUGAUUGGGGAUGAAUACAGAACGGGAGCCAGAGAGAAUCUCUCUUCUCCCUCGCAGCGUAAUGUACAGCACUAGGCUGUGCUGACUUCAGCGCGAGAUUAUCGUUGGAGAUUACCCUAAACCUAUUUCACCUUCAUGUUAUAACUAUUAAACCGAUGACAGCAACCGCAAACUUCGCACUUUGGAUAACAUCGGCUGACAGGCUUUCGACAGCAAAAUAACAACAUAAUCCCCACGCAAACGAUCCUUACGAGGCCACGUAGAGAACCGGGAUCUGUCGGGAAGACGCAGUUGGGUCAUCGCGUGGGCAGACGUCUCUCUUAUAUCACGACAAGACCGUGUGUGCGCACUCACACGGAUCUAUACGUACACAUAUAUCUCGAUGUCGUGUGCGAGGAAACGGCAACGCGCGCGCAGCCAACAGCGUCGUCGUAGGGUGCUCACCACCGCGAGUCGAGAGAUGGGGAAUGCUCGUUCACCACGGUGGGGGUUGGUUGAUCGACCGUACCCGCUUUUCUACUCGUCCUGCCGAGCCCCGACAUUCAUUCCACCCCGAGCCGGCGGAUCCACUAGGACGUGCCUGUUCUCCAGCUUGGUAACAGCCGAAGGAUCAGUGAAGGACCAUUCAAGACGAAGGAGAAAACGAACGUGAAGGGUAAAUCAGCGUUCGCCAAAUCUCGCAAGAUGACGUACAACUGGGCGUGGUUGCUGUUGCUAUUCUCGCUAGUCUCGAUAGGCAUGUGCUUGCCCACGAGUUUGAUUGAGGAUGUGAAAAAAGCGGAUCAGGCCAUGAAACCAAAAUCAAAACGAACACAGGAGAUGCUAAUGUUUGGCAAUCAGCAAAAUCGACAGGCCAACGCUGCCGCCAGUGAAUCUUUCACGUCGAAUGCGGAAAAACGAACUCUUGCUUCCUCCGGAUUGGGAGGUUUAAAAGCGGCUAUCGCCGAGGACGAAAAGCCAUCCCAGUCCAAAUCGUCUAGCAAUUCUAUGUACGAGCAUGAGACAUAUUCGCCGUACGACAAGAAUUACGAUUACGGUAAAGUCCUCAUGAACGAGGUCGAGGAGGAUGGACCGCGCGUGUGGGAUGUGCCGCCGUAUUCUCGAUACUACACGGGCGAGGAUCGGCGCAAGAGAUCGGAAAAGUCCACUGCAACAGCACAGCCAAGUAUCUCGACGUUGCCUCCGACCAACUCGUAUGAAUCCAAAUCGAGACGACUCGUAUCUACCACCCAGCAACCGGUGCAGGCUCAAGUUAAGAGGAGCGUCCCAUUCUAUCAAGAACCGCGAUUCAAACGGGAACUACCCUUGGACAUUGAUCCUGACGACGUAUUGACCCUUCUGUCACUGUGGGAGAAUGAACGACGUAACGGAAACUGGCGCAACUAUGCUAAAGAAGAAUACGAGAAUAUGAUAGAUGACAAUGGUUUUCUUGACGAGGAAGGCGCUAGAAACGAUUUCCUUUUAGCUCUUCCGUGGUUAGAUGCGCCAAUGUAUCCCUCUCGGCACUACGACACGUUAUCACCCUCCGAUAUCGGAAUAGUCCGAACCCAUCCGCCCGGCUAUUACGACCAAUUGGAUCAACAGUAUGAAGGCACUAGUCAAUAUGGCAAUCCUCAAUAUGGCAAUUCGCAGUACGAUUUCGUUUAUCCUCAGCGUGCCUAUUAUCCUCAUGAGAAGAGGUUCAUAGUAUCUAAAAAGCGAAUGCAGAGUUACGAUCCGUACUCCACGGCUCAGUUGCAAUUAAAUUCCCAACCGCGAAGUUAUCAAUAUCCUCGUCGCGUUGUCUAUUAAAUAAUCCACGAUGUGGAAGUUGUCUAGAGAUGCGGAAGGAAGCGGGAAAUUUCUCAAACAAAAAUUCUAUCGAAAAAAGAAAAAUCAGCAGUUGAUGUUUUUGGAGGGAGGAGAGGGAGCUAGCGCUCUUUUUGAUGAACGGCCCUCGCUGUCUUUCCUCUUCAACUAUUCUCCCAUUUUCUCGCAAGAAGAAAAAGAAGAAGAUGCAAUGGCAGAUUUUCUCGUUCUAAGAAACACGGUGCUCAGAGAAAUAGAGAGAGAGAGAGAGAGGCUUCUCGAGUCGCAAGAGCCGCGCUGAAGAACCGAGAGACGUCGAUCUGUAAAGAACAAAUCUUUCCUUUUUGGAUUCUCUCUUAUCGAAAUACUUCGAAAUAGAUGCAAGAGGUGACAAAUUCGUAUCUAAGAUCUAUCUCAGUAUCUUUUUAAUCUCAUGAUGGAAAUUUUGCAGCAACAAAAUUUGUUUAGUACAAAUUUUAAGAAACGGUAUGCAAAACAUAUCAGAGUCAUUCGUGACUCAAUCUGAAAUAUCUUGUGCUAUAUAAACGUGACUUCAAAAAGUCCAUUAAUUUCAUUGAAAUUUUAUAAUUAAUUUGAUCGCAACGUUAAAAAAAAUCAAAGAAGCUUCAGCGCGCUCUUGUCGCUCCUAAUUCGCUUAAUGUAAUGUUACGAUAUUAAGCUCUUUUUGCGUGUAAUACGAGCGAUGCGCCCGUAAAGACGCUACGACUGAAUCAUUAAACAAUCGUAGUAUCGAAUCAAAUUAUCCUCAGGCUUGGUUUCGACGACUCUUUGUGACUGAUAAAAUGUAUAUAUGUGUAUAUAUAUAUAUAUAUAUAUAUAUAUAUAUAUAUAUACAUAUAUACAUAUAUACAUAUAUGUGUAUAUGAAGCGAUAUACUUUCGCGCAUACGCAUUCAUGAGUUAGCAUGAGACUAGAUGUAGAUUUAUUCGUCUAUUAGGCAAUCCGAAUGAAUAAGAUGAGAGAAAUGAAGAAAGCGAAGACGAAAAAUUAAAGAUUUAAGAUAAUGUUCAACAUAUGUGUAUAAAAAGGAGAAGAAACCUAGAAACCGAAUAAACUUCACACUGCGCGAGAUAAAUUUUACUUCAGUACUACAUAUAUAUAUAUACGACGGAAGUAUAAGAAAAAGCGUUAUAAAAUGUUAAAAUUUUUUCGUAAAUUCUUGAUGGCUGCGCCAAAUGCAGAGUGUCAAAAAUUAUUGUAUUAUAUUUACAUCGUCAACUGAAAAGUGCAAACUAAACGUUGAUUAAUCUAACCGCGAACCGUCGUCUUAUUCUACUCAUUGAUAUUUGCAUUUCUAGAACAGCAGGAAACGUUCGAAUUUUAUGAGCGUAAUAUACCGAAGGAGUUCUUAUAAGAUUUUCUUCGAACCAAACACGGCCUUCCAUAUUCAACACUCCGAGGAGACUGAACAUCUCUAUGUAAUUAAUUAAUAUAGUUGAAUCCGUUACAUCAAUGCGUCACUACAAACAAUAUAUAUAUGUAUAUAUAUAUAGUAUACUUACUUUUAUCCCUCGUCGAUUUUUGAUUAAUUGCGGGAUGUAUCUUUAACGUUUCCCAUGUUUCGUUUAUGAGUUUUCCGAAUAAUGUGGAAUCGAUUUUUUUUAUGAAAGUUUGAUUUGUUUACUCUCAACUUUUUAAUAUUAGAUAUAUUUGUGACUAAUUAAAAUUCUAUGCUAAUUAAAAUACUCAAAAAAAAAGAAAAAAAAAAAUAGACUGGAAUAUGCCCUUGUAAGACUGGAGAGCACACUAUAAAGAUAAUAGAUAUUCAAUUACGACGAGGAACCGUUCAUAAUUUCUUUCCGUACUUUAUUGUUCAGCAUAACUAGAUUUUUAGAUUAAGUAUAAGUUUCGUCGAAACAUUUAGGUUUUGUUACGUGCAAUUAAUAUUACACAGACGGAAGCGGUAAAUUAUAUAUUAUAUAAAUAAAAAAGAAUCAGCCAAUCAUAUAUAUUAUAGCUUUACUCUUCUCGACAAAUAAUCUCGCACGAUCGAUGUUCAAAACAAGUUUGCCGAAAGUAUGUAUUUUUAUUACGUAUCGCAGAAAAGGCAACAGAACAUGCCGCAUAUAUACGCAUAAUUUCUUCUCCACACGUGUAAUUUCCCAUUUACACAUUCUGCGUCUCUUCCCGUUAUUAAUAAUAGAAUGCACGCCAAUAUUACAUUGUUACUAUUAAGAUUUAACGAAAGCGAUCUUUCUUUUUUUAAUGAAAAGAUAAGCUUAAAUUAUUUUUCAAUCACAGAGAUUUAACGAUGGUUUAUUUCAUCUAUGAAAGAUUGUGAAUACUAAAAAUAACAUAUACACUAUCCAAUAAAAUGUCUAAAGUAAA